UCUCUCGCUCUGUCUCAGGCUUCAAGAAAAGUUGAACGCGCCUGAGAGUCAGUCAGCUGUGGUGAAAUGUAUAUGAAAUCGCACUCUUAUUUAUCUAAAAAUGAUUGACUUAUAACCCCCCAAAAGCAUCUUACUCGCAGCUUGUUGCCUGUUGGCCGCGCUCCCGUGGAGGAUGAGGACUCUGUUUUGAAUCAAAAGGGACAAAAAAACCCGCCUCGAUCCAAACACUUAAAAGCGUCGGUUCAGCUGCCUGAUCUCCUUUUUCAUUUUUAGAGCUAAUUCAUCCGGACUGAGUCAAAAUGCAGCAGCCUGAAACCCAGCACGCAACUCAGCAAACAGCUACAGAAAUACUGGAUCCAGCAGCUCAGUACCUGCGUCGGAGGAAGACGGCUCUGUGGGUGACCGUGUCUCUGCUGGCUCUGGCUCUGGUGGUGCUGACUGUGGGUCUGAUCUCUGCCACUCGCACCAACAACGUGCCUGUUGCUGGAUAUUACCCCGGCAUCACCCUGAGUUUUGGAGCAUUUCUGGGUCUUGUUGGUAUCCAUCUGGUGGAAAACCGCAGACCCAUGCUCAUGGCAGCAAUCAUAUUCAUCAGUAUCGGAGUCAUUGCGUCUUUCUUCUGUGCCAUUGUUGACGGGAUCAUCGCUUCAGAGUUCAUAGACACAAGGCCCUUGCAGGAGGAAAUGUGUGACUUUUACGCCAGUGGAUCGGGCUACGCCUACGACAGCUACUACACUGAGGUGACUUGCCGUUCAUUCGACAAAGCAUGCAAGCUGAAACUGAAGAGCAACACCUGCUACUGCUGCUACCUGUACAACUGUGAGAGCACAGAGUAUCACACACAGUACUAUGAGUUCACCGGGGUCAGCAGCUGCUGGGAUGUGAUCCACCUGCACCGUCUGCUGUGGGCCUCAGUGGUGCUCAACGUGAUCGGCUUGUUCCUGGGCAUCAUCACCGCCGCCAUCCUCGGAGCGUACAAGGAUAUGAAGCCGACUCCUCAGAUGGCUCCCAGCCCCACACCGCCACCCCACAUCCUGUACAACCCAACCCAGCACAUGCUCACCUACGCUGGCUUUUGUCCUUCGGGACAGACUCUGCCUGCCUACCCCAACUAUCCAAUACCCAUGCAGCAUAACAGCGGCUAUCAGCCACCUGCUACUCCCCAGAUGAUCCCUGAGGGAGGCCCUGCCUCCAACUCCUGCCUGUCUGAGGACAACCAGGGCCAGCAGCCCUCUCAGGCUCCCACCCAGCCACAGCCUCAGGGAGCCACGCAGGAACCAGGGGGCUACAUGCUGACACCCAAUGCUCCUGUCCUCUACGGAUCCUCCUACAGCCCCUUUGAGAAACCUCCACCUUACGCCUGCUAAGCCCUCAGACAAACAUAUGGGGCAUAUUGGAGAAAAAAUAUCUUAAUCUGGUCAGACUGAAUGUAGCACAAAGCACAUUUCAUAGGUGACCUUGUAGACGGAAAACACUCAGUGAGCUUCACGACUACUCUGUACUGAUAUAAAUGCUACGUUUCAUGUGGUUGACUGAAGAGAGACACCGAUUACUAGCUACGUAGUGUGAUUAUAUAGACAUGAUUAAGUUAUUUCAUGUGUAUUCGUUAAGGGAAACGGUUUUGGGAAAUAUGCUUAGUCAAAUAUGCUUUCUUGCCGAGAGUUAAAUGAGAAGAUUGAUACCACUCUCAUAUCUAUAGCUAAAUAUGAAGCUACAAGAACGAGCAGCCGCUAACGUAGAAGACUGGAAACAGCUAGCCUGGCUCUGUACCAUCCACCUACCAGCAUCUCUAAAGAUCACUAAUUGACACGUUCAAUUAAUCUGUACAAAACCUUAUGUGUAAAAACUACAAAUCAACUCCAGGAAGUUGCUGCUCAUCUCACUCUCAGCAAAUAAAGGUAUUUCCCAAAAUGUCAAACUUCUUCUUUCAGCCUAAAGCUGGCCUUCAGAUGAUUACAUAUUACAUAUGAAUAAGUGUAUACAGUAGUAGUACACUUGACUGUGAUCUGAUAGUUGUGUCUGUUAUAACUUGUGUAGAUUGAAUUACAGAUCUUCCUGUGUAUUGUCUCACUAUACUAACUACUGUAAAAGCAAUUAAAAGGGCUUUCUUGAAAUGUGAACUGGAGAGUAAA